AUGGAGCUGGCUCGAAAAGGGGCAAACGUGGUCAUCGUGUCUCGGACCGUGGAGAAGCUUGAAGCUGCGAUAAAAGAAAUCAAGGCUGCUGCAUUCAACUCAACGAGCCAGAGAUUUCACUACAUCAGUGCGGACUUGAGAGACGCCGAUGAAGCAGAUCGAAUGCUCUCGGAAGUGACUGCGUGGAACAAUGACAUGCCUCCUGACAUCAUGUGGUGCUGUGCCGGACAAUCUUUACCUGGUUAUUUCGUCAAUACCUCGCCGCAAACCCUAAAGGAUCAAAUGGAUACCGUCUAUUGGACCGCUGCCUUUACGGCCCAUGCUACACUAAAAAGGUGGCUUGUCGCUGCUUCGCCUGGUCAAAAGCCUGAGAUUAUGCGCCGUCGCCAUCUUAUCUUUACCUCUUCCGCAGCUGUGUUUGUUCCCAUACCCGGAUAUGGCCCUUACACUCCGGCUAAAGCGGCAAUGCGCGCCCUUUCCGAUACUUUGGUCCAAGAAAUUGAGGUUUAUAACGGAGCGAGGACAAAUCCACGAAACAUUGCGCCACCAGCAGAUGUAAAAGUCCAUAUUAUCUACCCAAUGGGUAUUCUUUCACCUGGAUUCACCUAUGAGCAGCAGAUAAAACCCGAGCUAACCAAGCUGAUGGAAGAGGCGGAUAAACCACAAACCCCUGAGGAGGUUGCGAGAAUUUCUAUCAAGGGGCUCGAACGUGGCGAAUAUAUGAUUACAACGAUGCUCGUUGGAACGCUUAUGAAAGCAAGCGCCAUGGGAGCCAGUCCACGCAACUAUUCAAUUCGCGAUACUGUCACAAGUUGGGUUAGUAGCCUUGCUUUCCUCUAUGUUAUCCCUGACUUGACUUCAAAGGCCUGGAAUUGGGGCCGAAAAUAUGGCGUUCCAGAGGCAAGUGAGCGCCGUCGUAGCUGA